AAUUAUUUCUUUUGAUAAAACCUAAUUUUUUGAACUGUAAGUAAUGUGAAAAAUACAACAUUAAAAAGACCUCGCUAACCUAUUAAUAAGUAUUUUCACAAUGAAUUCUCAAGUCUGUGUUAAUUGUUUUAAUAAAAAGGCUGUUAAUCAGACGGACAAUCGGCUAGUGACCGAAAGUUGUGGUCAUAUUAAGUGUAUGGACUGUUUACUUCAUGAAAAAUCGGGUUGUCUUGCUUGUUUGAGAAAUGAGAGUGAAGAAACAAAAACUGUAGUAUUGGAGAAUGAAAAUAAAGAUGCUGAACUGGCUACGACUUAUGAAGUUCCCAUAGAAACUGAAAUAAUUCAUAAAGAAGACCAGAUUGAUUUAGAAAAUUUAAGUAUGAAAAAGUUGGAAUAUGCACACAUAAAAAUAGAAAUGGAUGGGGGUAAAAGGUGCUACACAUGUACAAUUUGUAAAAAAAAGUUCUAUGCUCGAAGUCAAGUUUGCUAUCAUGCCUUUUGUAAUGGACAGAAGAAGCCUCACCACUGUCAGCAGUGUAAACAGAGUUUUGCAUCACUUUCCCACUACAAGUAUCACAUGCGUGUACACAACCAGGAGCGCUCUUACACGUGCGAGGUUUGCGGAGCCGCAUUCUAUCAGAUGUCCAAGCUCAAAAGACAUAGACUUAAACACACCAAAGAAAAGAACUAUCCGUGCAAUGAAUGCAGUAAAGCGUUCAACAAUCACUCGUCGCUCCGCAAGCACAUGUUGACGCACACGCAGGAACGGCCCUACGUCUGCGCCACGUGCGGCCGGCGCUUCCGAGACGGCUCCAAUUAUAAGAAACACGUCGAUAAGCACAAGAAACGGUGCACCACGUGCGGCGAGGAGCUGCGCGAGGAUGCGGGGGAGCACCGCUGCCGCGCGGGCGGCGCCGGCCUGCGCGCGCACGCCUGUCCGCGCUGCCGGAAAGCCUUCCACUCGCGCAAGGACAUGCGCAGGCACGCCGCCAUACACUCCGAUUCAAAGCCCUUCAGAUGUAAAGCUUGCCCAGAAGAACGUCGCUUCAGACGAAAAGACAACCUGGAGCGACACAUCCGCAACGCGCACCCCGACUGCGCGCCGUCCGCGGCGGCCGAGUGCGACCUGGGCGCGCUGCAGAGCGUCGCCCGCCACGCGCUCGCCGCCGACGACGCCGAGCCGCCCGCCGCCCGCCUCGCCCUCGCGUCGCCCGACCACUGCUACGACCGGACGGAGAAGAUCAGACUCGAAAUCCUCAAUCCCCUGCCGCCGCUCCCGCAGGAGGUCAUUCGCCAGCACAUAGACGUGGCCGUCGCGCCGGACGCGAAGGUGAUGAAUAAUUCCGAGAGUGUGGUCGACAAGAAGUCCAUCAUCGAGGCGAAUAACGCGCGCGAGAGCGUCAUCGUGGAGAAGCGGAACACGGAUGGUGAUAAGAAAGUCGAAAAGUUGAGUCCGGAGAACGAGUAUGUACACAAGAUCCGUAAGGCAAUAAUUCCUCUACCUCCAAUAGACCAAGAGAAGUUCCGCAGCGUUCAAAGAGGAUUGAUACCGCCCAGCGUGACGACUGCCCCGUCUAUAAAAAAUAUGGAAAUUUAUAAGAAGAUAUUGUAUGAGAAAAUAGAGAAGGACACUACUGAGGUUAUACAGAACCCAAAAAUGCAUUGGAGGAGGAAGAUGGAGCAGGAUAUUAAUUAAUAUGAAAUGUAAAGGCUGAUACUGGAUGGCGAAGCGAUCCGGACUGGUAUUGUUUUGUAAUCUUAAAACUUAGAAACAUAAAAUUUAUAAAUAUUUUUAUCAAAGUUAUACCGGAAAAUGAAGCAUUCAUUUUCUUUGUCGUUUGUCGUAGAAAAGAUAAAUUAUAAACAGGGAUAAGAUAUAAUACAUGUAAUUCAUUAUAUAUUAUAAUAAUAGCAAUCUUUAAAAUGUUUGAAAUAACAUCGAAAAUACAAACAUAGAAAUUUUAGAUACUUAUCAAACAUUAAGAAAUUUGAUAGAUUUAUUGGUCGAUAGAAGCGAAUGGUGUUAUAAACGACCAAUGAGCGUUUGGCAUUUAGUUACUCUGUUCAACGUUUCAGUAACCGAAUGUAAAUUUUAAAGGUUGGCUCAUUUGAGUGACUUAAUUAGAGCGACUUAACACGAUAGCAACUCAGCGAAGAAUGCGCAUAGAGCUCUACGUCGAGUACGUAUAGUCUAUGCGUAACCCGAUCCCAAUGUCUUGGAAUUGUGAAAUAAGUAUUAAUUAUUAUAUUAUUUUAUCAAUCCGGUACCACCCCAUACCUAACACUUCUAAUGGAAGAAGUAAAGAUAAACUAACCUUACAUUUACAUAUUCGUUUUGCUAAUAGCUCUGUUAUAUUAUACACUACAAACAGUUUUUGUAUAAUAUUUAUUUAUAAUUCGACAAAAUUCCUCAUAACUACUUAUAUUUUCUUUAUUUUAACUCUCAAAGUUAUAUUGAAAUUCUGGCAACAACUUCGCCGACAAUCGAUGCCUUUUCUUCACGAAUGCAUAAUGACCAUAGAUUAUACAAAAUCGAUUUUAUGUCAAAGUUGUUAAUUUUCCUUUACUUGUCGAGUUUAUUGGGUUCCGUAUGUGAUAUGUGAGCAUGCAAAUACUUGUGUUGUUACGAAACAUCGAAUAAUAAGCAAUAUUCAUGGAAAUGCCUCUGGAUAUGAUGUGUAAACUGUAUUUAUAGGGACUGCUGACGUGUUGAUUUUGUGAAAUAUAUCUAAUUAUAUAAAAUAUAUAUAAUUUAUCCAAUUCGUAAGUGCAUGUUCAGUCUUUAAAACACUAAGCAAUAAUUAUUAUCCUGGGGCUGAUUUUGUUUUACACGAUCUUAAAACUAAUUUGUCGUGGUAAAGAAAUUGCUAAUGUCCGGCCUGUGAGAGAAUGCAUCUCUGACACUAUGGAUCGAACUUAGAUUUAACUUUGAAAUGAUGAAGAAUUUACAAUAAUAUUAUAUAAUAAUAAUAAUAUAUAUAAUGUUGAGCUUAAUGUAGUGCAUCACUACUCAUGACCGACUGACAGACAUCAGGAACGCAUUCUUUCAUCGGUCGGUACUUUAAUGAGAAAGAGAUAGCUAUAUUUAUAAUAUGGUAAAUAAGGGAUUGUGUACAGCAAAAUUGGCAUCAAUAUGUAUUUUAUCCAAUAUAAAACGACUGCAAUGCUUAUUCUAUGUGUAUGUAAUAGAGUAAAUUACCCGUAGUAUCUUUUUAAGGUAUCGAGAUAAGGGAUUGAACACACUUGAAACAAGAAUUAAUAAGUCCGAUACAUACUGUAUCGUUUCUGUUGAUGACUGUGCAGCCGCUCCUGAGUGGCUAUAUUCCAUUCAUAAUUAAAUCUACAGCUAAACAUUGACACAUUUAUUAUUGUGAUCCAGUUUGAAGGUUCAUUUAGUCAGUGUAAUGACAGGUUCUGCUUGUAGCUUGCAUCCAUCCUAGGGAUGGUCUUGGUCCAUAAAAUAUGAUUGACGGCAUGUUGACAAUGUUUGAAGUGGUUUUCUUGGCAUCGUCAAUGUCUAUGGGAAUUUGCCUUAAAAACUGUAUUAAAAUAAUUGAAAUAGAGUUUUCAUAAUGACUUCAUCAUAAGAAUGUCCAUUGAUCACGUCGCUAUAGUCUCCGCUUGACUCAAUUGCAUAGGUGUGUUCUAUUCCCUUGAUAAAAAUAUCGAAUUUCUACAAAUAACAAUAUUAUCCUAAAGAAAUGUUUGCUUUUUUUGGAAAUAUAUGAAAUAUUUUUACAUGACGUGUUAGAUAAGUAAGCAUAUCCUUUUUGCUGUUACAAACAAGGAAUGGAUAAUGAAUGUUGUGAAUGAUAAUAUUAAGAUAUAUUAAAUUUUGGUCAUAAUUAUCUUAUUCUUGGUUAAAAUUGUUAAAAAAUAUCUAAGGGUGAUUGCGAUACGUGCCUCUAAGUCAUUGAAUUGAAGCUAGAUUAUGGUAUAAAAAGUUUUGAUACUUGAUUAAGUCAGUAAGUUUACUUAGUUAUUAAGUGCGUCCAAGACGCUCACACUAGUGAUAAUGUAAAAAUAUUCCUUUACUAUCAUUUGAGUGAUAUUUAGAAACGUUAUUAAGUUUUUUUUCAUCCGGCUCGAAGGACCGAAUUUAAAUUGAUCUCAAAAGACAACUAUAUCAAUGAAAUUAUAAGAAAUCAAUUGAAAUACACUACUUUAAUAAUGUUUUUAAAUACCUUGGAUAUUAUUUACUGUGAAUUUAAAUUGGCUAUUAUUUCAGAGGUAUAAAGUUGUUACAAUAUUGAAAGCUUUGUUUCCAUUAUUAUUAUUAUUAUAAAAUGUUUAUAAAUAGAUACGAAAUUCUGGAUAAAUCUUUAGUUGAAAAUUUUAAAGUAUAUUGGGUUCAAUAUUGUGACUUCAAAAUAUCUCUGAUGUUGAAAAACUUUACCAAUACGAUGUUACCAUAGUGUAUUAGUAUUUUUUUUAUAUAUUGGCAAUGAUUUUAAGACUGCAAUUGAAAUAAUAUUGUAUUAUUAAAUAAUGUGAUUUUUUGAUAAAAAUGGCUUCGGUCUGCCAAAAAAUUGUGAUAAAUUUUAAAAUGAGUUAUCUUACAAACACAUGCAGCUAUAGCACAUUGCAUGUAAUUUUUUCGCUUGAAGUUUAAUCAUGAUUAAAAAUAGUUGCUGGUUAUGAUUGUGAUAACAUAUUUAACGAGUAAUGUUAAUGGCAGUCAUACACGUCUAGAUAUUGUGUGUCUAAUUAGUUGUGCAUCCAUCAUUUAAAUAAGCAAUAAGUGGUAUCUUAAUGUGUCAUUACUAAGUUCCCUCUUUCAGAGUUUAUCAAACAAAACAUCCCAAUAUUAUUAUUUAUUUUUAUUUUAAAAUAUAUGUUUGACACAUACAUCAGUUUUAAGCAGGUAGGCAGUGUAGAAGUACCAGUAUUUUUAAAGAGAGUGCCAGACGCGAGUGAGAGAGGUUUCCUUAGCGUUGUUAUUCUUGACACUGUGACUGACUAGCUUCACUUUUGAUUUUUACGCCUUUACGACCUUUGGUGUUCUGAUUAUCCGUUUUUUAAGGAAUCUGUAAUGUGCAAUAGCUCCUAGUGCAUAUCGUCGACUGAUCUCGAUCUCUACUAUACAAUGAUCUCAAACAAUAGUUUUUAUAUAAGACCUACUUACUAAGCGAUGAUCAUAUACGGAAGUGUUAUUCUAUUUUUACAUCACACAAGUUUUCUUAAUAAAAUGUAUUUGACAUUGCAUUUACAAUCAGUCAAAAGAUAAAACUAAUUAUAAACUA